UUUUACGUGGGAAGGAAGAAAGGGAAGGGGUGCUAAAGCGAAACUCGCACCACUAAGGUUGGACUUUGGGGCCCAGACCUGCAGCCUGGGGGCCCCCAAAUGACCAGCCAGAGAGUGGCAGGUUGUGAACAAAGCUCCAUGUUAUUCCUGUAGUCAUUUUAAAAUGUCUGAGAAGAAGAGGAGUCUGAGAAAAUGGGAAUGAUUAAAUUUGAGAAUCCUAUCAAAGUUGGUUCAAAAAUGAAAGAAGGUCAUCAUUUCGUUAAAAUCCUCCCAAAUGGACAAGGGAACUUUGCUUCGGCACAUGGGGAACAAGAAUGGACAUCAGCAGGAAUAAACUUCAGCAUGAAAGGUCCUCUGAUAGUCGUACUAGCGGCUUUUCUUUUAGCCUUGAUCUAUGUCGGAAUCCAUAUAGCUGUUUCAUCAGGACACCAUGAGGAAUGGCCAACUCCUCUGUACCCAUCAGGUGUCACUCCCAGCCCACAAGUCUGGAUGACGUAUGGCAAAAGGACGUACUUUUUCUCUGAAACUGAAGCGAACUGGACUGCCAGUCAGAACUUUUGCUCUUCCUACGGGGGCUCCCUAGUGAUACUGGACACUCGAGAGGAAAAGGAUUUCGUAAUGCGCUUUAAAGGCAGUUCUGACUCCUGGAUUGGCCUCCAAAGGAAGGAAGUAGGACAGCCCUGGAAACAGCCGGAUGGUUCCCUCUUCAGCAACUGGUUCCGGAUCCGAGGCGACGGCCUUUGCUCCUACGUAACUCAAAGAGUGGUCAACUCCACCUGGUGCUACAAUAGUCGAUAUUGGAUCUGCAGCAAACCAGCCCAUACUGCUUGAGAAACAUAUUCAGUAUAUGCCCCUGCACCAAAUAAACCCUAUGAAAGAACUGU